GGCAAAUGAGGUUGCCUCGGCCCUCCCCGUCUCCAGGUAUAUAAAGUGGGGAGCGCUCCUCCGGCCGGCCAAUGCGCUCGAAGAGCAGCUCCCGCCCUCCGCGCUGCUGACGGACGUCGAGGCGGCGAUGAGGCUCCCGCUGGCUUUCGCCGUGCUCCUCCUGGCCUCGGCGCAGGCGCUGGCCGAGGAGAUGGGAGCCACCGACGACCUCAGCUACUGGUCCGACUGGUCCGACAGUGAUCAGGCGAAGGAGGAGCUGCCGCUGCCCCUGGAGCACUUCCUGCAGAGGAUGGCCCGGAGACCCCGGCCCCAGCAGUUCUUCGGCCUCAUGGGCAAGCGGGAUGCCGGAUAUGGCCAGAUCUCUCACAAAAGGUCCUCUGAAGGGAGCAUAGCACAGAAUUAUGAACGGAGGCGUAAAUAAGACAUUCCUGCGCAUUAUUUAUUAAACUUCAUUUGUUCUGAUGGCCAAUGCAGUGUAAUAUAAACUAACCACUGUAUGGAAUAAUUAUUUAUUUAACAACUGAUGGGGUUGGGGUUUUUUUGAGUUGUACAUUCAAUAAAAUUAUUAUUUUUCAUAUUGUGGCAGUGAUACAUGUUGUGUAGGUGUGUUGUGGUUCUGAAAGGACCAGCAACCCUGGUGAUGUCUCACAACAAAGCACAUCAUUUGAUAUGACUCGUAAAGUUAUGUUUACUAAACCAAGCAAAUAUUCUUUUGUUCAUUGAAAGCGAGUCUAUCAGCUUCACAGCCAGUGCAGAACAGAGCUGAUGUUCAGUCUAGUGCCUCAAUUUGUUUUCAUGUUUAUAAUGUACUGUAAUUUCUGUAUCAAAAAAUAUAUUUGUAUCAUUACAGCAUGUUUUAUGUUCUGUGACUACGUAUCUAUAUAUUUUAAAAAGGGGGGCGGGUAAUGUUUGAAUGGGAAUCCAAGGUCUUCAUUUCAUAGUCUGGAAUUUUAUGACAGUAACAUUUUAAAUAAAAACUACUCUGGGGCUUUUGCAACAUAAUUCUUUUGGUGAUAGUAAUGGAGUUAUUUCCCACGUUGGUCUGGAAUGAGAUUUAGAUCCAAGCAAGAGUGGUCUGAGACUGGAAAGAAAUAUCAAAUUAAUGGUUUCUUUUUGCAGGGAGGCUGUGAGCUUCCUCAUGUGUGUUUGGUGAAUGGAGGAUAUGCUACUGGAGACAGGAAUUCCUGAGAUUGCCCCAGGUCACACAAGGUGCCAUCCAUCCUUAACCUGAUGGAAAUCAAGAAGCAUGUUGUCUGAAUGAAAAGGGCGUGGUGUACUGCCCAGCUCCAAGUGGAAUAAUUUGCUGUGGAAUUCAUCCAAUAUUGUAGGUUUAUUAUUUGAAAGUUAAGCUUUUAAUAAAUUCUAGCCCUCAGAUUCACAAUAAAAGCACCCGUUGACUGGAAUCCAUGCAAUAUAAGAGAAAAAAAAGUGAGCGUAAUUAUCUUUUUAAUUAAACUCUCUGGUUACUAUAUAAGCAGGACAGUCCUGAAAUGCUACAUACAUCUCACCAGAUGCCAGGGCAUCUGGAGAUCUAUCUUCUUUCCCCCUGCUGAAAGCUAUACUUCUCCGUUUGAUGCUAUGAUGUGAGCUUUCAUUACAGAUGAAUCAGCAAUGAAAACAGGCAGUAUACACAAACCAAGUAAUAAGUAAUACAAAGGGAUUCACUGGUUGUUUUUUUCCAUUUUGGAAGUGAACUCAACAACCUCCAUUUUCAAGGUUACCUAAGGCAUCAGCAGAACUGCCCCCAUUACAAGUGGGUGGGUGCAGGACCUCUCUCCUGUUAGGUUAGAAGCAGCACCUAAGCCUGCCCAUGCUUAAAACAGAUCCCACUUUCAGCUAAGUAGGAGGCGAUCUAGCUAAGUGGGGGGGUUUAUGGUAGGAAAACUGAAGCUGACUUACAACAGGGACCGCACUUGAGUGAGACACAGUGGUUGUACUGGCACUCUGCCAGUUCUUCGUCUUGCCAGCACUAAUUUUCAAACUAAUAAACUUCUGUAUGAGCUCCCACUGUGAGGCGGGGAAACUGACUAACAACAUGGCAAAAGGACUGUGGAAAUGGAUGUUGAAUAAUGCUCAG